AUGUCAGGAAAACCAUCCCAAGUUGAAUUUUCUCGUGAAAACCUUGAAAACGUCUUGAAACGUCGUUUUUUCUUUGCCCCAGCAUUUGAAAUCUAUGGUGGUGUCUCAGGUCUUUAUGACUAUGGUCCACCAGGUUGUGCCUUCCAAGCCAACAUUAUUGACAUUUGGAGAAAACAUUUCAUUUUAGAAGAAGAUAUGUUGGAAGUUGAUACCACCAUGUUGACUCCUUAUGAAGUUUUGAAAACUUCAGGUCAUGUUGAUAAAUUCUCUGAUUGGAUGUGUCGUGAUUUGAAAACUGGUGAAAUCUUUAGAGCUGAUCAUUUAGUUGAAGAAGUUUUAGAAAGUAGAUUAAAAGGUGACAAAGAAGCUAGAGGUUUAGUUGAUAACGCUAAUGCUGAUGCUCAAGAAGAUGCUGACAAAAAGAAACGUAAGAAGAAAGUUAAGGAAAUCAAAGCUGUCAAAUUAGAUGAUGAAGUUGUUCAAGAAUACGAAUCUGUUUUAGCCAAGAUUGAUGGUUACUCUGGUGAAGAAUUAGGCCAAUUAAUGGUUAAAUACAACAUUGGUAACCCAGUCACUGGUGAAACUUUAGAAGCUCCAAAAGCUUUCAACUUAAUGUUUGAAACUGCUAUUGGUCCAUCAGGUCAAUUGAAAGGUUAUUUAAGACCAGAAACUGCUCAAGGUCAAUUCUUGAAUUUCAACAAAUUGUAUGAUUUCAACAAUUUGAAAAUGCCGUUCGCUUCAGCUGCUAUUGGUAAAUCUUUCAGAAACGAAAUUUCUCCAAGAGCUGGUUUAUUAAGAGUUCGUGAAUUCUUGAUGGCUGAAAUUGAACAUUUUGUUGACCCAGAAAACAAAAAACAUGAAAACUUUUCAGAAGUUGCUGAUGUUAAAUUAAGAUUCUUACCAAGAACUGUUCAACAAGAAGGUUUAACCACUCCAAUUGAAACCACUAUUGGUGAAGCUGUUAAAACUGGUUUAGUUGAUAACGAAACUUUAGGUUAUUUCAUUGCUAGAAUCUACCAAUUCUUGAUGAAGAUUGGUGUUGACCCAGAACGUUUACGUUUCCGUCAACAUUUAGCUAAUGAAAUGGCACAUUAUGCUGCUGAUUGUUGGGAUGCUGAAUUACACACCUCUUAUGGUUGGAUUGAAUGUGUUGGUUGUGCUGAUAGAUCAGCUUAUGAUUUAACUGUCCAUGCUAACAAAACCAAAGAAAAAUUAGUUGUUAGACAAAAAUUAGAUACUCCAGUCACAGUCACUAAAUACGAAUUAGAUUUAGAAAAGAAAAAAUUCGGUCCAAAAUUCAGAAAGAAUGCUCCAUUAGUUGAAGAUUGGUUAUUAUCAAGAAAUCAAGAUGAAUUAGUUAAAUUGAAAGAAGAAUUAUCUAGUAAUGGUAAAAUCACCUUCAAAAUCCCAGAAAUCGAAGACCAAAUUGAGCUAGACACAACAUUCAUCACCAUUGAACAAAGAACUAAAGUUGAACAUGUUCGUGAAUACACUCCAAAUGUUAUUGAACCAUCAUUUGGUAUUGGUCGUAUUAUUUAUUCCAUCUUUGAACAUAGAUUCUGGUCAAGACCAGAAGCUACUGAAAGAGCAGUUUUAUCAUUCCCACCAAUUGUUGCACCAACUAAAGUGUUGUUAGUUCCAUUAUCAAACAACGAAGAUUUACAACCAAUUGUUAAACAAAUUUCUAAAACUUUAAGAAAAGAACAAAUUCCAUUCAAAGUUGAUGAUUCAGGUGCUUCUAUCGGUAAGAGAUAUGCUCGUAAUGAUGAAUUAGGUACUCCAUUCGGUAUCACUAUUGAUUUCGAAAGUGUUAAAGAUGGUUCAGUUACUUUAAGAGAAAGAGAUUCUACUAAACAAGUUAGAGGUGAUGUUAAAGAUAUCAUCAAAGCUAUUAGAGAAGUUACUUAUAACGGAGUCUCAUGGGAAGAAGGUACCAAAAACUUGACUCCAUUCGAAACCAAAGUUGAUGAAGAAUAA